AUGCCUGGGGGUCCCGGCGUCCUGCAAGGCCCGCCACCUGGCACUGUCCUCCUCCUCUUGAUCUGUGCUGCUGGCCUGGGCCCAGGAGGCCAGAGCCAGUGCACAGACCGGACCCCGCCAUCGGUGAAGGUGAUGGUGGGGGAGGAGGCCCGCCUCCCGUGCCUGCUCAACAUCAGCCUCCUCAGCAGCCGCCCUAACAUCACCUGGUGGCGAAUCCUCCAAGGCAACUUCACGUGGCCCCCUCAGUUCCACGCCUGGCCCGAGAGCAAUGGGGAGCUCUUGUUCCCAUCGGUGAACAUGAGCCACCGAGGCCUGUACAGGUGCCACAUUUUGGAAAAUGGCAUUGAGUGGCACUCCUAUGGCACCUACCUCCAUGUGUUUAAGCCGGUCCCCAGAGCCUUCCUGGACAUGGGGGAGGACACCAAGAACAACAUCAUCACGGCAGAGGGCAUCAUCCUGCUCUUCUGCGCCGUGGUGCCCGGGACGCUGCUGCUGUUCAGGAAACGAUGGCAGAACUUGAAGUUCGGACUGGACCCCCGGGAUGACUACGAAGACGAAAAUCUUUAUGAGGGCUUGAACCUCGAUGACUGCUCCAUGUACGAGGACAUCUCGCGGGGCCUCCAGGGCACCUACCAGGACGUGGGCAGCCUCCACAUCGGAGACGUCCAGCUGGAGAAGCCGUGA